CCAGGCCGCCCCCUAACGCCUCGCCAUCCCUUUGCCUUGCAGCGCCCCUCCUUGGCCAGCGCCAUGGAGGGCCUCCUGCUGUGCGUCCUGGUGGUCCUCGGCCACCUGGCUCGAGCUCAGGUGUGUCCCAAGCGCUGCAUGUGCCAGAACCUUUCGCCUUCGCUGGCCAUCCUUUGCACCAAGACGGGUCUGCUCUUUGUGCCCACGGUGAUUGACCGGCGCACGGUGGAGCUGCGCCUGACGGACAACUUCAUCACCGUCGUCCGCCGGAAGGACUUCUCCAACAUGACCAGCCUGGUGCACCUCACCCUCUCCAGGAACACCAUCAGCCAGAUCCUGCCCUACGCCUUCGCCGACCUGCGCAGCCUGCGGGCUCUGCAUCUGGACAACAACCGCCUUCUCCUGAUCGGGGGCGAGCAGCUGAAGGGCCUGCCCAAUCUGCGCCAUCUCAUCCUCAGCAACAACCAGCUGCAGGGCAUCUCCCCGGGAGCCUUUGAUGACUUUGCCGGCACCCUGGAGGACCUGGACCUCUCCUACAACAACCUGGUGCAGGUGCCCUGGGAAACCGUCCGCCGCCUCCACAAUGUCAACUCCCUCAGCCUGGACCACAACCUGAUUGAUUUCGUGCCCGAGGGGGUCUUCACCAACCUCCUGAAGCUGGCCCGCCUGGACAUGACCUCCAACAAGCUGAAGAAGAUCCCCCCGGACCCCCUCUUCCUGCGCAUCCCGGUCUACGCCAAGUCCAAGGGCACCCCGCCCUCCUCCCUGGUCCUCAGCCUGGGCGGCAACCCGCUGCACUGCAACUGCGAGCUGCUGUGGCUGCGGCGGCUGGCCAGGGAGGACGACCUGGAGACCUGCGCCUCUCCGCCUGACCUCCUGGGCAAGUACUUCUGGACCAUCCCAGAGGAGGAGUUCAUCUGCGAGCCCCCGGUCAUCACCCGCCACACGGGCCGCCUGGUGGUCCUGGAGGGCGAAGGGGCGGUCCUCCGCUGCCGCGGGGUGGGGGACCCAGAGCCCUCUAUCCACUGGGUCUCCCCGGAAGGCAAAGUGGUGGCCAACACUUCGCGGACCAGCUCUUAUGACAAUGGCACCCUGGAAAUCCUGAUUGCCGCCAUCCAGGACACCGGGGUCUUCACCUGCAUUGCCUCGAAUGCCGCCGGAGAAGCCACCACCUCUGUCGAGCUGGUGGUCAACCUGCUGCCGCUGCUCUCCAACAGCACCACCCCCAAGGUGCCCGAGGCCGUGGGGCCUUCGGACAUCCUUACCUCAGCCAUGGCCACCCUUCCUCUCGGUGCCAACGAAACGGGGGCCUCUCAGGACAAGGGCGUGGUGGCCUCAGAAAUCUCGUCCUCUUCCGUCCUGAUCCGCUGGUACCCCCAGUGGCACAUCCCUGGCAUUCGCAUGUACCAGAUCCAGUACAACAGCUCCUCUGAUGACAACCUGGUGUACAGGAUGAUUCCUCCAUCCAGUAAGGGCUUCUUGGUGAAGGACCUGGCCGCCGGGCGGGACUACAGCCUCUGCGUCUUGGCCAUCUACAACGACGGGGUGACGUCCCUGACGGUCACCCGGAGCCUCGGCUGCCUCCAGUUCAGCACCCUGCGGGACAGCCUGCAGUGCCAUUCGCUCCACGCCCAGUUUCUGGGCGGCACCAUGAUCAUCAUCAUCGGGGGCAUCAUCGUGGCCUCGGUGCUGGUCUUCAUCAUCAUCCUCACGAUCCCAUACAAGGUCGUGGUGCUGACCAAGGACUGCGAGAAAGGCUCGCGGGUCGGCGCUUCCGACAAGGGGGCGGAGGAGGAGGCGUCGUCCCCCCGGAGAAGGAGGUGGUCACGGACUAAUGUCGACCACCUCCGUGGCUGCUCUGGGCUUGGACCCGAGGCCUCCAGAGCAGAAGAACAAGACCCCCCGUUAGUGCUCCCGGCAGAGGAGAGGCAGAAUGGCAACGACUGGGCUGGCAUCAAGAUCUGAGUCCUGGCAGCCUGCCAGCGAACGAGGCACAGCUGGACCGGAGACCCGAGGAUGAAUCUGGACUUCGGACCAUUCCUCUGCUUUCCCACCAGGCUGGCACCGCUGCCCCAGCAGGAGACGACUCGCUUCCAUCCUUCCCGGGGGAGACGCUUCUGCGGUCCCACUCCUGCCUUUCUGGGAUCUUUCUACUGGACUCGCUUGUGGGCCCGUUUUCUACGAAGUCCUUUUGUUUUUCUAAACCACAUCUGGAAUUUUCUAAUAAAUGGAGCUGAAAA